CUCCGACCCGACUCCGCCGCAGUAGCACCGUUUCACCCCCUUCUUGACCUAAUCACAAACCUCGUCUCUCUCCUUCUCCUAUCAUCUCUCAGCGCCCGAUCCUUCGUCGGACGCUGGCAGAUCAUCCGUACCAAACUCAUUUCUCUUCAGUCUUCUCUCUCUUCCAUUUCCGACUCACCACACUGGAGUGAGAACUCGCUUCUUCACACCAUCCUCCCUUCACUCCUCUCAACUCUCCAGCGCCUCAAAGCCCUCUCUGAUCAAUGUACUCUCACUUCCUUAACCGGCGGGAAGCUCUUGAUGCAGAGCGAUCUCGACAUCGCUUCCACUUCGCUUUCUAACCAUCUUCGUGAUAUUGACUUGUUGCUCAGAUCUGGAGUUCUAUACCAAUCAAAUGCUAUUGUUCUCUCGCAGCCAGGCCCUGCCUCUGAUAAAGAAGAUUUACUGCUGUUUAUUAAAGAUCUUUUCACAAGAUUGCAAAUCGGUGGUGUCGAGUUCAAAAAGAAAGCUCUAGAAUCACUGUUACAGCUACUAGUUGAUGAUGAGAAAUCAGCGUGUCUGGUUGCUAAAGAAGGGAACAUAGGGUACUUGAUUAGUUUACUUGAUUUUCACCAUCAGGGUUUGGUUCGGGAGCAGGCGGUUUUGGCUCUAUCAAUUGUAGUCUCAGCGAGUGAUGAAUCAAGAAAGAUUGUGUUUGAAGAAGGAGGACUCGGCCCUCUGUUAAGAGUUCUUGAAACAGGAUCUAUGAUAUUGAAAGAAAAAGCUGCGAUCGCUAUUGAGGCUAUAACGAUUGAUCAUGAAAACGCCUGGGCUGUUUCAGCAUACGGCGGCGUUUCGGUGUUAAUCGAAGCGUGUCGAUCUGGAUCAGUUACAACCCAGACACACGCAGUGGGUGCGAUUAGGAAUAUUGCAGCUGUGGAAGAUAUUCAAACCACUCUGGCUGAAGAAGGCGCCGUACCUGUGCUGGUCGAGUUACUGGCUUCAGAUUCUAAUCUCGCAAAAGAAAAUGCAGCUCAUUGUAUAGCCACACUCGCUUCUUCAGGCGAGUACUUCCGUGUUUUGAUUAUUCAAGAACGGGGGUUGCAAAGACUAAUGCAUUUGAUUCAAGAUUCUUCCUCAAGUUUAAUUACAGUAGAAAACUCUUUGCGUGCAAUCAGCUCACUUUGUUUAUCAGAUUCUGCGGCAAGAAUCUUAUCAUCGUCGACCUCAUUUAUAAUCCAACUGGGGGAAUUCGUCAAGAAUGGGAACAUGUUAUUACAGCAAAUUUCAUCUUCAUUGAUUGGUAAAUUAUGUAUCAGUGAUGGUAACAAGAGAGCCAUUUCAAACUGUCUGAGGUCUUUAAUAAAACUAAUGGAGUGUCCGAAGCCGGUGGGGUUACAAGAGGCGGCAACACAAGCCAUCGUGGCUCUGUUGACCGUGAGGUCGAAUCGGAAAGAGCUGGUGAGGGAUGAAAAAAGCAUGAUAAGAUUGGUGCAGAUGUUGGAUCCCAAAAAUGAGGCUGUCAACAAAACUUUUCCAGUGAUGGUGGUUGCGGCGGUUUUGAGUGGAGGAAGUAAUGGGUGUAGAAAGAGAUUGUUGGCUGCUGGGGCUUAUCAGCACUUGCAGAAGUUGGCGGAGAUGGAGAUCCCCGGAGCUAGGAAGGUUUCGCAGAGACUUGCCGGGAAUCGGCUCAAGAAUAUUUUCAGCCGGGCCUGGAGGGAAUAAUUGAAAGAAAAAACUAACCCCGCCAUCUCAGGAGUCCGUUCGGAAUUUGCUAACCGUCGAAGAAUACAGCAACUACCCGUUGGACAAGCGACAAACAAAAACACAGGCCCCGUAUCGUAUACUUAACCACCGUAUUAUAAUUUAUAAAGUCAUUUUUAUACAGUAUUAAUUAAUAUGACAAAAAAGCAUGGAUGCGGUUUUUAGGGAGUAUCCUCGUUUUGCUUUUUUUUUUUUUCUUUUUUUUUAAGUGAAAAAUUGAUUUACUCAUGAAGCUGCGCUGUAAGUGAGAGGAAGGUGUCUUGAUGAUUGUGAUUUAAAUUUUUUUUGUUAUGAAUCUUGUUUGAUAGUGUACAUGGAUAGUGGCAAGAAGAGUUAUUGUAUUUGCAUUUUCCUUGAAAUAGUUUGGAGUAUAUGAUGAUUUUAUGAGAA